ACCACGCGGUAAAGUUGAAACCAUGCUGCUCGCCGCCGUUCUGGUGCUGCUGGUGCUCGGGUGUUUCAUCGCUUUGGCGAUCGUGCGUGAUUUCCAGUGGAGACGAACGGAUGCAUACCGUGCAGCAAACCUCUAUCCCGGAGCACCGAUCCUUCCUUUGAUAGGAAACCUGUGCGAACUCCUGUUUAAAAAUGCCGUGCAAACGUUCGCUUAUGCUCGUGAAAACGCGAACCGUUAUGGUGGAUCCUACAGGCAGUGUUUCAAUGGGAAUAUCAUAUUGAACGUCACUCGUGUCCGCGAAGCCGAAAAGAUCCUGUCCAGCACGCAACACAUCCGGAAGAGUAUACUCUACGGCUUUCUACAUUCGUUGAUGGGGGAUGGGUUGCUAUGCAGCAAGGGGUCGAAAUGGCAACAUCGUCGCCGCAUUCUCACCCCAGCCUUCCACUUCAACAUUCUGCCCAAAUUUCUGGCCAUCUUCCAGGAGGAAAGUGUAAAAUUGGUCAACCAGCUUGAUAGCCAGGCCGAUGGUGUGCAAGAGAUCGUUCUGCAACCAAUCGUGACCAGCUUUGCGCUGCACACAAUAUGUGAAACGGCCAUGGGUGUGAAGCUGGAUGCGUAUGAAGAGGCAGAUGAGUACAAGAAGCGUGUGUACGAGGUCGGUGAGAUGUUGGUUCAUCGCACGAUGUCACCCUGGUUGUACAGUGAUUGGGUAUUUCGGUUUCUCGGUUACGAAGGUCCACUGUCGAGGGCCCUGAAACCGAUUCACCAUUUUACGAGGAGCAUUAUCCGCCAAAGGAGAACAGAAUUCCAUGCCCAACGCCAGUUAGUACAGGAUUCGGAGGAAAACAUGUACUUUGGCUGUAAGGAUCGAUACGCUAUGCUCGAUACGCUACUAACAGCCGAGGCGAAACAGCAAAUUGAUGAGGAAGGUAUUCGCGAAGAGGUGGAUACGUUUAUGUUCGAAGGCCACGAUACGACGGCCGCUGCCAUCAUGUUCACGCUCUUGGUACUCGCGAACGAACCAGAUGUACAGGACCGGUGUUACGCCGAGCUGCGGAACUGCGAUUCUACUCUAGCUCCUCUGACGGUGCAUGACUAUCAACAGCUUCCAUACCUGGACCGUGUGCUGAAGGAAUCUUUGCGUCUCUAUCCACCGGUGGCAUUUAUAUCACGCACGAUAACCGGAGAUCUAACUAUUGAUGAAGCUACGUUUGGCCACAACACUAUCGCUCACAUCCACAUCUACGAUCUGCACCGUGAUCCGAUCCAAUUUCCCGAUCCCGAACGGUUUGAUCCGGAUCGGUUUCUACCGGAGCAUGUAGCAAAACGCAAUCCGUAUGCGUACGUACCAUUCAGUGCGGGCCCGCGGAACUGCAUUGGCCAGAAGUUUGCCCUGCUCGAGAUCAAAACGGUACUGGUGACCCUGCUCAACCACUUCCAGUUAUUGCCGGUAACGCGCCGUGAGGACGUUGUGUUCGCCGCUGAUCUAGUGCUACGCGCCAAGACACCUUUGAUAGUGAAGUUAGUGCGUCGUGCUGCAUGAGCUGGUCAUUUGUACUCUAGUGUAAUCAUCAAAAAAAAAAAAACUUAGAUGGGGCAUCAUCCGUUGUUGGCCAGAAAUCGGUUUUGUCGCUAGAGCACAAUACAGAAAAUGCAAGUUUGUAUCAAUGAAUACCAAUGGGUUCUACC